CUUCGUAAGUCCUGUGUGUCGGCAGUCACCAUAAUUUUCUGAAGUUCAUUUGAAUAAGGAGAAACAAACGUAUUACAAGUUAAAAAAUAUUUAUACAAUUUCGUUUUAUUUUCACAGAAAGGGUAUUUUAACAGUUCAAAACUAAUCUUCCAUCAGCAAUUCAAAAAUGGGCAGAUUUUCAUCAAAUGUAUGUAUGGUUGUUACGAUUCUCACAAUCCGAAGUCUACCAGGGGUGAUGGGUCACGGUAUGCUCUGGGAUCCACCAGGGAGGUCCACAGCGUGGCGGCGCGGGUAUCCACUUCCGGUAGAAGACCGGAACUACAACGAUAAUGAACUCUUUUGCGGUGGCAGAACCGUUCAAUGGAAUCAAAAUGGCGGGAAAUGUGGUGUGUGUGGUGACAACUACGCUGAUGUCAUCAAGGAUAACGAAAGCAUAAAUGGAAAAUACGUCAUAAACCGGAGCAUAACCGGAUAUUACGUCAGAGGUCAGACGAUUGAGGUCACUGUUAAGCUGACAGCCAAUCACAAGGGAUGGUGGGAGUUUAAAUUAUGUUCCCUCAAGAACUACGACACUGCUGUUACUCAAGAUUGCUUGGACGAGCACAUUCUCAACUUCUCCGAUGUAGGGAAAACUCGUUUCUACCUGGCAGAUAAUGGGUUCUUAGAAUCGCAGAGUUACAAGGUGAAACUUGACCUGCCUGAUGACGUCACGUGUGAUAACUAUGUACUUCAGUGGAAAUACUACACGGGCAACAUAUGGGGAUGCGGCAUUGGCCCUGACGGUGAAGUGCAGUGUUGUACUGGAUGCGGAAGCGGACAGGAGACUUUCCAAAACUGCGCGGACAUACACAUUUCCGGUUCCAAUUCUCAGAGUACAUCCGGUCCGACAGAGAAGACUAACAAGUCAGAAUCAACAUUUACUGACAGUACAUAUACAACGGCGCCACCCCAAACUUCAGCACCACUGACUGAGACUACAACAACAUCAACAUCGCCAAUGUCAGUAGCUACAACUACUACUAAUUCACCAACAUCAACAGGCGGUCCUUCAUCAACAGAUGAUCCAACAACCCAACCAAGCUACAAUAAAAUCUGUCAAGCUAUUGGCGCUCAUUCAUCUCAGCCAGUAAUGAACCAAUGGUGCGCCACCAACUGCAACGCAACGCCAUCUUUCUGCCCGCCCGCCAUGUGCUUAUGUGUAGAAGCUGCAGCUACAACAAAGUCCCCAUCAGUUACACCACGUCUAACAAUGGGGUGCCAAGCAAUUGGCUCUUACGCCUCCCAGCCCGGCAUGGACCAAUGGUGCACAGACAGCUGCAACGCCACGCCAUCCAACUGUCCUACCACCAUAUGCUCAUGCAAUACAAAAUGA